CUCCUUCACUCGGAUGAGCUGAGAGUCCUGGGCGAGUGUUUAUGGAAAUAGUGGGGUGUAGAGCAGAAGGCAACUCCUGUCCUUUCCGCCCCCCAGCCAUGCUCUUCCACGGGAUCUCCGGAGGCCACAUCCAGGGCAUCAUGGAAGAGAUGGAGCGCAGAUCCAAGACCGAGGCCCGUUUGGCCAAAGGCACUCAGCUCAACGGCCGCGACGCGGGGAUGCCCCCGCUGAGUCCGGAGAAGCCCGCUCUGUGCGCGGGGUGCGGGGGCAAGAUCUCGGACAGGUACUACUUGCUAGCUGUGGACAAGCAGUGGCACCUGAGGUGCCUGAAGUGCUGUGAAUGUAAGCUGGCGCUCGAGUCUGAGCUCACCUGCUUCGCCAAGGACGGUAGCAUUUACUGCAAGGAGGAUUACUACAGAAGGUUCUCUGUGCAGAGAUGUGCCCGCUGCCACCUUGGCAUUUCUGCCUCUGAGAUGGUCAUGCGCGCCCGAGACUCUGUCUACCACCUGAGCUGCUUCACCUGCUCCACCUGCAACAAGACUUUGACCACGGGCGAUCAUUUCGGCAUGAAGGACAGCCUGGUGUACUGCCGCGUCCACUUCGAGACACUCUUGCAAGGAGAGUAUCCACCGCAGCUGAGCUACACCGAGCUGGCAGCCAAGACUGGCAGCUUGGCCCUUCCUUACUUCAACGGCACCGGCACAGUGCAGAAAGGGCGGCCCCGGAAGCGGAAGAGCCCGGCGCUGGGAGUGGACAUCGUCAAUUACAACUCAGGUUGUAAUGAGAAUGAGGCAGACCACUUGGACCGGGACCAGCAGCCUUAUCCACCCUCCCAGAAGACCAAGCGCAUGCGAACUUCCUUCAAGCACCAUCAGCUCCGGACCAUGAAAUCCUACUUUGCCAUCAAUCACAACCCAGAUGCCAAGGACCUCAAGCAGCUUGCUCAGAAAACAGGCCUGACCAAAAGAGUUCUGCAGGUUUGGUUCCAAAACGCACGAGCCAAAUUCAGAAGGAACCUUUUGCGGCAGGAGAAUGGGGGUGUUGAUAAAGCCGAUGGCGCGUCGCUUCCGGCCCCGCCCUCAGCAGACAGCGGAGCUCUCACACCACCCGGCACUGCGACCACUUUAACAGACCUGACCAAUCCCACUAUCACUGUAGUGACAUCUGUGACCUCUAACAUGGACAGCCACGAAUCCGGAAGCCCCUCACAAACUACCUUAACGAACCUUUUCUAACAUUGGUUUAUUAUUAUUUUUUUACACUCUUCCUCUUCUUUUUAUUAUUAUUCUAAUUAUUCUUAUUUUAUUAUUUACAAGACUUUUUUUUUUUUCCCUUCUAACCCAUAAACUAUUUGGGGAAUAAACAGAACAGCUUGGUGUGUAGCAUCCCGCUUGGCAAAUGGGUUUACAGCUCUGUCUCCUGUGAGAAACAGUUUGUCUACAAAGUGUAUUUGGAUUUUUUUUUUUUUCUUUAAUUAGGUCUCUUAGUUGGUGACAGGAGUUUUUGAAUCAUUCUAAUAAGUGCCUCUUAAAAUUGUAUGUUACUUAUUUCCAGAAUCUCGAAGAAAAAAAAAAAAAAAAAGAGUGGUAUAAUCACAAGCAAGUAAUCGUAAUUCUGCCUAAGUGAUUAGAACAAUGAAUCAGAUAAUUGAUUAGCUAAUUUUAAAAUCUUGUAACUGUAUGUAUGAUUAUGGAACUUUGAAAAUUUCACAGCUAAAAAGUUUUGAAACUUAAGCAAAAGUACUGAGUGUUCCUAUUUGUUACCUGAACUGUUAAUUCAAAUGAAGAAUGUGAUUUAACAAAGACAUUAGUGCUAGUAAUUUUAAAUAAUGAUGAUUAAUUAGAUGGGAAAUCUAGUCCAAAAUGUGGCUUUUCCUUCUUUUAGGGAUGACGGUCCCCAUUUUUUUACUUAGUUAUUUCCUUUUCAAUAUUUAAAAAGAUCAAACUCCCUGUGUAUCAUCA